AUGGACCCGAUUGAACGGAACCUGCAAGCCACGCAGAACUUGCUUGAGGCUUUAGAACUUGAUCCGUCACUGCUCAAUGAUCCAGAAUUUAUUAGGAAAUUAUCGAUAUUGCGAUUGAAGCAUGAGGAUACUGCCAGUUUUCUCGCCAAUCAAAACGGGUUUAGUUUUGAGAAAUCGAAUGAAGCGCCUUUAAACGUUCGGUCGCGAUCGUCGCAUUGUCACCGCCGCGGUCGCUCAUAUCAAGACGUUGAGCCGCGAAUAUCACCUCAUGACGAUGUCUCACAAUCAUUGUAUCCAUCAUCAAGAGCGUCGACGGUGAUUGAAAGGCACCAUCAUAUCUCGACGGCAACGUUCACGUUGCCCGAGAGGAAUCGACUUCUGGAGAUGAUUGAUCGGAACGCGAGCGCCCAAGAGCAAGCGAAAUUCGCGUUGUCAUCGCAGGUUGUCGAAGAAAAUUAUUACGACGAUGCCUUGUCGACGACGCGCGAAAUUCCAACUAUUCGAGCUAGUACCAUUCUUCCAAAUCGACGAGACGCUUCUACAGAAACUCCUGCUGUACUCUAUGAACCUUCACCACAGCCUAAGCAAAAUUCCCCGAAAAAACAGAGUCCUAGGAAUUCAGCAAAGCCUCGAAGAAGCAAGUCGAAUUUUGAGCUAUCGAAACGCUCAAAAUCGGCGAUAGCACGGCAAACGAAUAUUGAGAAUACCGUACGACCGGCGAGGAACGAAAAAUUUGUGCCGCAAAUCACUGUGCCAGUACCAUUCAAACUUACCUUAAGAGGAUCCAUAGAAAACACAUAUUCGAAAAAGUUUCUUCGCGAAAUGAUGGAGGAAAAACAAAAAAUUGAUGCCGAGAAUGAGGCGCAGAUGGCGAAAACCCGGUUCAAAGCUAAUCCAGUACCCACUAGCACGUAUAAACCUGAAAAUAAUUAUUUGAACGAUGAAAAGUAUAUAGCCGCAAUGCGGAAGAAGGUGGCAGCGGCGACUCGUCGAAGAUUUGAGUCGCAGGAAAUGAAGCGAUCGAAAAGUGAAGGGCAUCUUCCUUCCGGUAAACCUGUUGGCUACGUGCCGCCGACAACGUAUAUUUCGCCAAUCCCGGUGAGACCCAAUGCACGGAGUCGGAACGGAGUGACACGCUCGGCGCAGUUGCUCAAAGAGGCCACAACGCCGAAAGGAAUAAAGAGCCAUCGAGCCACUUCUACCAUGAACUUCAACCUGCGACACAAUCGGUGCAAAAUUGAGAAGCCCGUGACAGACAUGGCUCGUCGAGUAUCGCCACCGGAUUUUAAUGCAAUUCAUUCGAAUAUGGGUGCUGUAACACGAGUGUCGCCAAAACCUGCAACUGUUCCAGUACCAUUCAACUUCGCCAGAUCGCCUUCAGCAGCGUCACGUCACACAAAUUGUGUUGAGAAGUCUGUCGAGCCGUACAAGAUGAAGCGAAGAGUUCAAUCAAGCGGUGCUCGACCUGCUCGCAUCCCGACAACACAUUCGGCACAGUUGAGAGAGGAGCUGAAUAAGAUAAAGGUGCUUGAAAGCCAAAAAGAGAAAAUAAAAAAUGAGAUUUGGAAGGAAGACAAUAGGCGGCGAAUCAACGCAUUUCUGAACGCUCGAAGCAAAACUGAGGAGGACAUUGCGUUAAGGACAAAAGAGAAAAUUAUGGCCCAUCAAGAAACCACUAGGGAAUAUCAAAAAAAGCUGGCGGAAAUGAAACAAAGAGUGUUAAACGGUCCGUUGAUUAUGGAAAAACAAUCAGCUUUGGCUCAAGAGCAUCGCCUUCAACGAAAAUUCGAGCAACACAUGAAAUCGGCAAAAGAGAGAAGCUCCGCGGUUAAUGUGACUGAUCAUCAACGAACUAAUAAGACCACCUCUCGGCGUGGAUCCGAAGGUUCCGGUGCGACGUUUGUGGUUCAAAAUAAACCAGAAGAUGACAAUUGGGAGUAUAAUGAGGACUUUGAAUCCGUUGAUGAGAAUAAAAUAUCGUCCUCGACAUCAUCAUCUUCCUCAUCAUCGACAACAUCGUCGACAUCAAAAAGUCAUUCAAGUGCUUCUUAA